CAGGAACAUUUUUAUAUGGAAACCCAGAGCGUGCUUGUGAUUCCAAAGACAGAAGAUAAAGAGAUGGAGAUAUAUGUAUCAAGCCAAGAUGCUGCAUUAGAGCAGGAAAAAGUGGCCUCCACUUUGGGUAUUCCCAAAAACAGAAUCAUGUGCCACAUGAGACGGGCUGGUGGAGGUUUUGGAGGCAAAAUGACCAAACCUGCUCUACUGGCAGCUGUGGCUGCUGUGGCAGCAAAUAACUCCACAGGGAUUAAAACUGAGUAAGUUAAUUAGCACAAAGUUCUCAGCAUGUGACAAAUCACAAGGAAAGAAAAUAC